ACUGCCCUAGCUCUUGGAUGGCCAACAAUGCAAGCUGCUACAACUUUGUCCUAACAAGCGACAUGACGUACCAAGAAGCGUCCAUUGCUUGCUUACAGAACUACGCCUCACUGGUCAGUGUCAACUCGGCAGACGAGCACAUGUUUAUCCAGGACUGGCUGAAUAAACACGACAGCUUGAG